AUGGAGACUUACAAAAUUCCAAAAGUAAGGGCUCCUAUCUCGCCUUUAAAAAGGAACUUCUCUCUACUGGAGAUAGAAGAGAUCAAGGCGAGAGGCCUGAAGGCCAAGCGGGGAAGGCCUGCGGAAGAGAAGUCCACAAAAACUCAGAAGAUAAACCAGUUUAAGUGGAACAGGACCCUCACCAGGGAAGAAAUGGAAAAGGAGGAGAAAAGGAAAAGAGAGAAGUUUGCAGUGUUAAAAGAGGAAGAAGCAAGGAAAAGAAGAAGUGAAGUGCUAAAACCAAAAAUAGACGAAAUGAAGGAAAAACUAAAAGAAUUAAGAAUCAGAAAGGCCGAACGAGUGGACGAGGAUGUCAUGGAGAUGGAAGUCCCCAUCUGGGACGAAAUGGAGCUGGAACUUGAACUUCAAGAGAAGACCAAUUUUUAUGAAAUCAAACACCAUCUGCGAAGAAUAAAGGAGAAAUCAGAAGAGGCGAAAAUAGAAGCAGCAAGAAAAGCUUUAACAAUAGCAAAGAAAGCAGAAGAGAAUAAUCUUACCUGGUGUGAGAUGAUUAAAGAGGAGGAAUAUAAUCCGGAGAAUAAUUGGAAGAUGGAUUUUGGAACCAAUCUUCAAUGCCUCCAAGUCCAAGUAGAAGAAAACGGUGCCUACAAGCUGGAAGAAAACAAGACCUUCGAAUCAAAAGAAGUGGAAGACACCAAGAAAACUGAAGAUCAAGAGAGAACCAAGUUAGUCGAAGACGAUGUCUCCAAGUUAGAAUUACCUACUAAUUCGGGACUCAACAACGUGGUUAACGAACUAGAAGAGUUUCUAGUAUUAACAGAGACUGAAUCAACGGAAACCAAGAAACUAAAAGAUGUCCGAUGCAAGAACUGCAGAGAAAGGAGACACACAACCUCCAAUUGCACCAAACCUGGGAAGAACUACAAACAAAGAAUCGAAGCAGUCAUGAACGGAGAAGAAAUAGAGAAAAUCCUCACAGAACGAGAAAAGGAAAAGAACAUUCCCAUCACUUUCAGUUUCGAAAACGAAGCUGGAGAAGUUAUAACCCAAACUUACAAGGUUAUAUGAAUUCUUACCUGUUUUUCUA